GAAGAAGAUAAUAUUUUUGAAUAUUCUCAAUUUUUUCGAUAGGAAGAACAAAUAAGAUGAUAACAAAGAAAGGUAAGGUAUCGACCAAAGGAGCAAAGCAAAUAAUGGAAGAGAAUGUCUCUACGCUGAGUUUUUACAACUACAUGGCCUUAGGCACAAUGGGAAUAUACAUCUUCAUAACAAUGAUGUUGCACGAAUUCAACGCGUUGACGAUAAGUCUAAUGGCAUUUUCUGCAAUUGUAUAUAUAGGAAGCUAUCAGUUCAUGUUGUACAUGGCCCAGCCGGCAUUUUCAGAAACCGAACAGUUCAUGAAUCCAGGUGUUGAUCUCAACAUGGAGGGUGGUUUAGCAGAACACAUCAAAGAUUUAAUCAUAUUUACAUCAGGAGUGCAAAUCCUGUCCCUUAUUUCGAACUACUUCUGGUUCUUGUGGCUUUUGGUGCCAUUGAGAGGGACCACUGUGCUUUGGAAUCAAAUUAUGGCUCCAUGGGUCUAUGCUCAAGAAGACCAGCAAUCUGAGAUGAAUGAGAAGAAACUGCGCAAGUUAGAAAGGAAAAUCGCAAAGCGAUACCAAUGAAAAUUCCUCAUUGCUGUACAAUACGAAAAUUCUAUUAAAUUACAAUUGAUUUAACUAAGGGUAUGGUAAUAAGUUCAGAAAACUAAGAAGAAACAAAAGUGUAAAAAAUUUAAGAUUUUUUCUUCACACAUACAUGAACAUUGAACUGUGUAGUGGUUUGACAUUUAUAUAGGAUAAAUAUUAAAUGAGAAUGUAUGUGUGUGUGUGUAUAUGUGUAUGUGCGUGCGUGUGCGCAUGUGUGCGUACCUGCGCGUGUAUGUGUGCGGUGGGAGCAGUAAGAUUUUGGAGGUUUUUACAAUUAUGUACGAAACAGGGAAAUAGUUUCAUGGUACUAAGAGGAAAAUCACAAAUUGGGAGAUAGAUUUCGCCUUUGCCUCUUCACAUUUUAAACACUUGAUUCUGUAAGUAUCGAAACACUUCUUAUUUAAUAAUAUUUGUAAAUUCAUUCCUAUAUAAAAAGUUG